UCUCCUCUUUUGACGCAUGCAAAACGCAGCUGACAGCGAUUUGAAAGCGGCAAAGAAGAGGAAAACAACGUAAAAACAUUUAGUUCAAAGAAAAAAAUGGUUGAUGUCGAAAAACUAAUAGAAAACGUGCAUAACAAUCCCAUUUUAUAUGAUGUUACACACGCUGAGUACAAAAACAUAAGAAAAAAAGACAAAAUAUGGGAAAAUAUCGGAGUGGAGUUAAAAGAAAGUGGGGAAAAUAUAAAAAAAAGGUGGAAGAACUUGAGAGACACGUAUGGGAGAUAUAUUCGAGCUACCAAAGGUAGAACUGGUCAAGCAGCCAACUCAAAAAAGUGGGUUUGGGCUGAACAUAUGACAGCUUUCCGUCCAUAUCUUGCUUUUGCACCUACCAGUUCAAAUAUAAGUGACAUCGAGUGUGUAGAAUCCAACGAAACCAUUAUUGGAACACCGGAGCUUGACAAUUUCAGCGUGGAUUGUGCUCCAGUAAAAGUAAACCGCACUCAAAGCGCUAAAAAUCAUCCAUCUACUCAACAAAGUUCUGUCGGAGAGUUAAUUGAAUAUUUUGAAAAGAAAAAAAAAGUUGAACAGGACUCUAUUGAUUGUCUUUUUAUGGCCCAUGCUAAAACAGUGAAGAGUUUUUCGAAACGACGGCAGCUUUUAACGAAACAGAAAAUUUCUGAAAUAAUAAUGGAACAAGAGAUGUUGGAGCAUGAUGAAGCCAUCAGUUCAUCGACCCCUAUUUUUCGUAAUCUUGAGACUGACGCGGAAUACGUUUUAAGUGAUGAUAAUAGCACAUACUCCAAAUCAACUGUCGACCUCACUUCGCCUUCAGCCAUUGCUCCAUAUAUCAACUCGUCGCAAUGUAGUUUUAACGAAAGAGAUCUUCCAUGCUCAACACCUAACUCAAUGGAUGGGAGUAUUUCUUCAUUCUUCUGCACAAAUGAUCCUCUCGAAUGAAAUUAUUUAGCUUACAAAUUACAAUGCGAACCAAGAGAAAUAUGUUAUUUUUCAAGCUUUUGUACCUUGCAAUGCAAAAUUUUACUGCAUUAUUUACCAAAACCAAAAAUACAGCAAAUACACUGUACAAGAGCAUGUAC